AUGGCACCCGGACCCGAAACCACUUUCCGUGACCUCUCUAGCCUCGGUUGGCCUAUCAAGCAAAUUUUCGACAGGGCUAAUGUGCAGCGCGGCGGCACUAUGCGCAACACGGAUGACCUGGCAAUAAACGACCGCUUCGCAGCGCGCUGGGAGUGGUAUUGCUACAAUAUUGUCAAGGGCAAUCUACGCCAGGCUAAUUCGCCCCCAUCGGAUAUAAGCAGCACAGAGACUAUCUGGUCUUAUGACAACACGCAGAACAUUCAGCCGCACAACGAAGAAUGGUCUGAAUCCUGGACGGAGACUACCACCGCAACUGUUACCAUCACCAAUCGUGCAUCUAUUUCGCUCGACUACUCUAUCACUAUAUUCGAUGUCGCUUCUAGCGGCCUCAGCAUAGAGAUAUCUACGGAGUCUACAAAGAGUGAGACAAAUGAGUCUGUGCAUCAGCUCAGUGUCACAUGGCCGAUCGAGGUCGGCCCAGGGGAAAUACUUAGCAUAAACCGUACAAUCACGAAGACAACCGGCACCUCUAUCUAUGAACAGGACUAUGGAGUGUCAGGCAUGAUCGGAACUGAUGGAAAGAAGUGGAAGGACCAUUAUUACUGGGGCAUGAAUGCGAACUGGCUUCUCGACAACCCAACUGGUACCUUGAAGCUACAAGGACAUAUGCAGUCGACCUCGUUCAAGUACACACUUGUUCGCGUUCGUUCUGGACAGGAGCCAACGAGUGUCGAGCUGCCGAAGCCUAUAGAGAUUGCCACUCGCACCCCUGACAAGGAAGAGAUCAUCAAGUACAUGAUCGCAGCUCCCGACGAGUCCGAUGCGCAUGAGGACAUCGAUUGA